AUGGACUCACCGAGCCGAGAUUCAGCCGUCUUCCGCCUGCGGUCUUACCAGGCUGAAAUGGUCGAAGAGAGCCUGAGGCAAAACAUCAUUGUUGCUAUGGACACUGGUAGUGGAAAGACCCAUGUCGCAAUAUCACGCACCGCCGCCGAGCUCGAAAGCUGCGACCCAAGCCAACUGGUGUGGUUCAUUGCGCCUACCGUCACCCUCUGCCAUCAGCAGUUUUGCCUGUUUGAAAAGCAUCUGCCCGCCUACCAGAUCCGCUUUCUUAGCGGCGGUGAUAACGUCGACCGCUGGACUGACCAGAACAUUUGGGAUGCCGUGCUCAGAAACAUCCGCGUUGUCGUAUCGACACCGGCUAUACUGCUGGAUUCUUUGACCCAUGGCUUUGUGAAAAUCUCACGGAUUGCCCUCCUGAUCUUCGAUGAGGCCCACAUGUGUCGCGGCAACCAUCCUGCAAAUGCCAUCAUGCAGAGGUUUUACCAUCCACUGCUUGCCAACGGCUGCCAGAAUAGCCUGCCCAACAUCCUCGGCUUGACAGCGAGCCCAGUGGUCAGUACAAAUGCAGACGGACUGGAGAUUAUUGAGCGAAGUCUCAACUCGAUUGCCAAAACUCCCAAGGUCAACCGAACAGAGCUCCUACGCUUCACACACAGGCCAGAGCUUGUGCAACUGAAGUACCCUGGACAGACCUCGGAUCCGUUGGCUGGGCCGCCGAUUCUAGCUUCCCUGGCCGGCGUUUAUUACGCAUACGACAUCCUAGACGAUCCAUACAUCAUCAGCCUGCGUCGCAAGAUCUCUAAGGCUACAGAUGAGUCAAGGGAGCAGGUACUCAAGGAGCUUGAGAAGCUUAUUAACAACCGAAAAACAUACGUCCACGAGCAGCUGAAGAAACUUUACUCACGAGCGCUCGGAAUCUACAAUGAACUCGGUAGCCCUCCAACAGAGUUCUAUGUCCGGAGUUGCAUUGCAAAAUUCGAUGCUUUCUUGGCCAACUCGAGCCACCUACUCCUUGACUGGUCAGAAGAGGAAGGUUCGCGUCUUCAUAACACUCUUGCCAUGGUGGCGGCCGCCCAGCCUAUAAACUAUCAUGUGUGCAUGCAAGACAACCUGUCACCAAAGAUGAAUGCUCUCGCCGACCUUCUACUCUCGGAAUGGAACGAAGACUUCACCGGCAUCAUCUUCGUCGAGCAACGCGCUACCGUUGCCGCCAUGGACUACGUGCUUUCAAACCACCCCCAGCUUCACCAUCUCUUCAACGUCGGCACCUUCGUGGGCACUUCCAUGACUGUACAAAGAAAAUCUCAUCUUGGCAUAGGUGACCUGGUUGAAAUAAAACACCAGCAGCAGACCCUUGAAGACUUCCGUGCCCGCAAGAAAAACCUCAUCGUCGCAACGAGCGUACUGGAAGAAGGCAUUGACGUAUCAAACUGUCACAUUGUCAUCUGCUUCGAGCCCCCGAAGAACCUCAAGUCUUUCAUACAGCGCCGUGGCCGAGCAAGGAAGCAGGAUUCCAAGUUCAUCAUCAUGUUCCCUGAAAACUCCCCAUUCGUGAAAUCACCAGAAGUCUGGCUGGACUUGGAAGAGCAAAUGAAGGAAGCGUAUUUGAAUGACCUACGGGUAGUCCAAGCCGCGGAACAACGCGAGCAACUUGAAGAAGAGGGAGACGAAUCCUAUCGCUGCGAAUCAACUGGGGCACUCCUCACACUUGAUAAUGCGAUGCAGCACCUGUACCAUUUCUGCGCCAUCCUUGGCGGCGGCCGACAUGUGGAUUUGCGGCCUCGUUUCUCAUUCACCGUAGACGAGAAUGAUCUCACGACUGCCACCGUCACUCUGCCAAAUUCAGUGGAUUCCAAAAUCCGCCAGCACCGAGGGACAGGAUCAUGGUUGACGGAAAGGGCUGCGAGAAAAGAUGCAGCAUUCCAUGCCUACGUCGCGUUACAUAAAGCGGGCUUGAUCAACGACAACCUGUUACCUUUGCUCAAUGAUUCGGAAGAUGGGCCAGACUUUGGUGUUAUUGAUCACAGACCAGCGAUGAUCCAGGCUCAAACUCGUCUGGAUCCAUGGAUUCCACAGGCUCAGACUGUCAAUUCAUGGAAGUCAUCGGAUACAUGGCACAGAACAAAAAUAUCAAUACCCAUGGAAGCACAGACGGUAAGUCUGGUCAUCCUCUUGCCCCGGCCGAUGCUUCAGGUCCCGGACUUCCUUCUUCACUGGAACGAGAAUAUCCGAUACAAUUUGAGCAGCGAACCGAUGGACGCCAUUACACUCAACGAAAACGACUUGACAUCGCUUCGUCAUUCCACGAGGAAUCUGCUUUGUAUCAUCUUCGGGCAUCAUUUGGCGGAAGAAAGAUAUGACUUCCCUUUUCUAAUAGCUCCGUAUGACGUGACUGGCGAAGUUGGAAGCCAUCUCCAAACAUUCAAGAGUGACAGCAGACCUGCACUUGAAGUCUAUGCGGAGCUGCAGGCGGGCCAAGACCCAACCAUAGGCCUUCUGCGUCAGGACGGCCUUGUGGGGCACCAUUUAAUUUUUCGCGGCUUCCAAAAUACCGACAUCGACAUGACUGAUGACAAGAAUGUCCAGCAAGAAGACGAACCAACUGUCCAGGUCGUCUUCUCAGUAUUCCCCAAAAGGCGUGACUUUUUGCAUUAUGUCCGGGACUCUUCACAACAUGGCAUGUAUACGAGAGAACAUAUGCUACCAGCGAAAGACUUCCUCAUGGACAGAUUGCCGGUUUCAUAUGCCAUAUUCACAGCUUUCUUACCCUCGAUCUUGCAUCGCUACGAGCUUUUCAUGAUUGUCCAAGAGCUUUGCAGCACUGCGUUAUGCUCUGUAGGCUUCACCAACCAUGCACUGGUCCUCCGUGCCAUCACUGCAUCGUCUACGAACGAAAACGAUUAUCAAAGAUUGGAAUUCUUGGGCGACUGCAUCUUGAAGUUCAGCACUGCCGUUCAACUCAUGGCGGAUUUCCUUCACUGGCCCGAAAGCUAUCUUACCGAACGCAAAGAUCGCAUUGUCUCCAACGGUGCCCUUGCCAAAGCCUCACGCCGCUCCGGUCUCGACAAGUUCAUACACACCAAAGCCUUCACAGGGUCCAAAUGGCGACCUCGCUACGUAGGCAAUAUCCUGGCCAAAGCCUCAGAAGCGCCUUCAGAAACUCGCACGCUGUCCACCAAGACCCUUGCCGACGUCGUGGAGUCCCUCAUCGGCGCCGCGUACGUCGAGGGCGGCAUGCAGAAAGCGCAUCUCUGCACAUCAGCACUCCUCCCCAGCUUGCAGUGGCAACCGCUACUCCGCUCACGCAAGAUCCUGCAGGACCACGCGGCGGAAGAGCACGCCUCGGCCGCACCGCUGCACCUCGAGCGCGUCGAGGAGCUCAUCGGCUACACAUUCAGGAACAAGCACCUCCUCCUCGAGGCCCUGACACACCCGUCCUUUUCCUCGUACCGCGAAGCCGCCUCGUCGUCCUACCAGCGCCUCGAGUACCUCGGCGACGCCGUGCUCGACUACAUCCUCUCCCGACGCCUAUACGCCUACCGCAGACCGCCGCCGCCAAGCGCCGUCGAAACCACAAACACCAACAAGACCCCGCGACGACGACCGCCACCGCCGCCCCCGCGCGGCCACGCCGCCGACGAGAUCCCGCACGGGACGAUGCACUGCAUCCGCGCCGCGCUCGUCAACGCGCCCUUCCUCGCCUUUCUCUGCAUGGAAGCCGCCGUCUUCGAGCCGCGCAGCGGCGACGUCGUUUUUCACCCCGUCGCCGCUCCCAGUUAUACUUCGACUCACUCUCCCGUCCCAAUGACGACGACGACGACGACGAGCAACGGCAAGACGGCAGCAGAAGCCGAACAACAAAAACAACAACAACAGCAGCAGCAGCAGCAGUUACCACCGUGGACCACCAUCACACCCGCCCCGCCCGCCCGCAAGGCCUUGUGGCAGUUCAUGCGCCACUCCUCGCCCACGCUCCUCGCCUCGGCCGUCGCGGCGACGGAGAGGCACGAAAGGCAUCGUGGGAGCAUCUGGCGCGCGUUGCGGCAGCAGCGGCCGCCGCGGCCGGAACCUCGUCGUCGUCGUCGCUGCGGCGCGGGGGAAGAUGUACUGGAGGAGGAGCAGGAUGCAGGUGAUGAAGGCGAUCAGGAGGAAGAGGAGGGGGAGGGGGAGGAAGAAGAGGAAGAAGAAGAGGAGGACGAGGACGAGGACGAGGAAAUCGUGGUGGACGGCCGCUUUUACCGGCGGUAUCCGUGGCGGCUGCUCGCCAAGAUCGGCGCGGACAAGUUCUUUUCGGACGUGGUCGAGGCGGUGCUCGGGGCCGUCUUUGUGGACAGCACUUCGGUCGAGGUUGGCGGGUCUUCUGGUUCGGCUGCUGCUGCUGCUGCUGCUGCUGCUGCUGCCGCUGCUGCGGAGGUUGGUGGUUGUGGCGGCGGCGACGACGACGAAAUUUCGGCUUGCGAGGGCUUUUUGGCCAAGAUUGGGUUGAUGGAUGUGCUGGAGGGGGUGUUGAGGGAUUCGGUCGAGUGCGUGCAUCCGAAGAUGUUGUUGGGGCGGUUGGCGAGUGCGGAGAAGGUUGUUUGGGAGUGGGCGGGAGAUGGAGAUGAGGAUGGCGAUGGCGAUGGCGAUGGCGAUGAAGUGGAGGCGGUGGUGGAGGAGGCUGUGGCCCCGGUUGGACCUCGGAAGGUGGUCAGGUGUAGGGUCGGUUUGGGAGACCAGAAGUGGAUUGGUGGAUGGGUCGAGGGGCAGACUAGGCUUGAAGCUGAGAUUGAGGCGGCGGAUCGAGCGGUGUUGAUUUUGUUGGCAGAGGGGAGGAGAUGGAAGGGGAUGGAGAAAUGGGAUGGGGUGAGCGGGAAGGACGUGGAUGGGGAUGGGACAGAGGAUGGAGGGGUUCGAAAUGAAGAUGAGAGCGAGGACAGUGAAGAAGCGGAUCGGGCUGUUGCUGGCGCUGGGAUCGGGGUUGAUGUGGUGAUGGGUGACACUUAA